AUGGCUCGAGCCAUGGUCUUGAUAUGGACAUGUUAUUGUGUGGUUUUAGCAACCAAGUGUGUGCAUUGUCUAGGGGUGAAUUGGGGUACUCAGGCAUCCACACCUCUUGAUCCUCAAUAUGUUGUUCAGAUGCUUAAAGACAAUAAGAUUAAGAAGGUUAAGCUUUUCGAUUCGGACCAUUGGACCGUUGGUCACUUUGCUGGGACGGGUAUCGAAGUCAUGCUGGGUAUCCCUAACCUAAAUCUUAAAGAAUUUAGCGAUGAUUAUGACACGGUUGAAGAUUAUAUCAAAGAAAAUGUUACCGAUCAUUUGCGUGAUCAUGGCGGUGUUGAUAUCAAGUAUAUAGCCGUUGGAAACGAGCCGUUCUUGAAAGCAUACAAAGGCGCCUUCGAGAAAACCAUAUUCCCAGCCCUAAAAAACGUACAAAAAGCCCUUAACAAAGCCGGAUUAGGCAACAAAAUCAAAGCAACCAUCCCUCAAAACGCCGACGUCUACGACUCCGGCUCAGCGGGCCCAUCGGCCGGAGACUUCCGGCCCGAAAUCCGAGAUAUAAUGGUCAAAAUAUCAAGAUUUCUCGACCAACACAACUGCCCAUUCAUGGUCAACAUCUACCCUUUCCUUAGCCUCUACGAAAACGAAGAUUUCCCAAUAGAAUUCGCGUUCUUCGAAGGUGGCGGAAAAGGCGUUCAAGAUCAAAACAUCCGAUACACCAACAUGUUCGACGCCAACCUCGACACCCUCUCGUACGCCCUCAAGAAAGCCGGCGUUAGCAACAUUAAAAUCAUCGUUGGCGAGAUCGGAUGGCCCACAAAUGGCCACAAACAAGCAAACCCUAAAAUGGCACAAAAAUUCUACCAUGGAUUAUUAAACAAACUAUCAUCUAACAAAGGUACACCCCGAAACCCGGGUUACAUAGAGGUUUACCUCUUUAGUUUAACAGAUGAAAACAAGAAGAGUAUCGCCCCGGGCUUCUUCGAACGCCACUGGGGCAUAUUCCGGUACGAUGGACAACCGAAGUUCCCUAUCGAUUUAUCCGGUGAGGGUAACGAAAAGAUGCCGGUUGGUGCUAAGAAUGUGAAGUAUUUAGACAAACAAUGGUGUGUUUUGAAUGAUGAUAUGAGGAAUUUGAGUAAAGUGAAUAGAGAUUUGGAAUAUGCUUGUAGUUUGAGUGAUUGCACAAGCCUUUCAUAUGGAUCAACAUGCAAUAAAUUGAGUGAACGUAAGAAUGUAUCAUAUGCAUUCAAUAUGUAUUUUCAAAUGAGUCAACAGAGUGUGGAGGCUUGUGAUUUCAAUGGGGCUGGGAAGAUCACCAACAGGAAUUAUUCCACUGAUGAGUGUCUUUUUCCGGUGGAGUUGAUGAGUGGUGGUGGCCGGAAUGUCGCCGGAAUGAUUAGUUUUCUAGUUGGUUUGUUUAGCUUGUUGGUGAUAUUGUAA